UGGCCUUCUAUUGGGGGUCAAUUUUUGGCCAGUUUUUAAUCAAAAUCAUUUAAAAAAUUAAUAAUUAAUUAAUAACUUUAAUUGUUGUUUUUUAGAUGUUUUUUGCUGAAAAAACUACCAUUUUUUGUAAAAACUGUACUAUUUACGAUAGGAAAGGAAGGAUUUCGCAAAAAAAAUUAGAAAAUCGGUUAUAUUUCCUUCAUUAUUAAUUAAUAUUUAUGAAAAUUUCGAUAAUUUUGGAAUAUAUUAAUUAAUUAGUACAUGGCCUUCUAAUAGGGCGUUUGAACUUUUGCUCGAACAUGGCCUUAUACAGGGGGUGGCCGGCUAUUGGGGGGGGGGGAGGGGUUAGUUGACUCAAUAGAAAUAGAUUAAUAUAUUUAUUCCUACUAUUCGAUAGUUUGAUCAGUCAAAAAAAGACCUUUUGUAAGUAUAAGUUUUUCAUUGUUAAAUCUAAAUAAAAAAUUUCUCUUUUAUUUUUCUUUAACCCUUUGUUACUAACGUCAAAAAAAAUACAAAUUUACUAAUGUGGGUCAAAAUAACUCAGAACUUUAUUUACUAGUUUUAGUUUUAAUGUUGUCUCUUCUUCUCUUUGAAUCUUUUACAAAACUCCAUUAACAUAGUUUUUUUCUAAAUUCAAGUAUUUAAGAUCAAUAAUUAAAAUUUUAUUUUGUAAUUGUCAAAAAAUUACAAAAGUUUGUUUACUUGCUCUCAUGACACACAAGCAUACCGUGAUCUUUACAAAUAGGUUUAGAACGUUUAGCACAUCUCAAAAUGACUUUUCUAUCCUUCUCUCAAUCACAUAAAUAGCAUCUUUUGCGACCACCUGAAAAUGAAGUUGAUGCUACUAUUGUUGUUGAUGAUGAUGAUGAUGAUUGUGAUUCUGAUAUUGAAAUUGUAUCGAUUACCCUCUUAAUAAAUAAUUUUGUUGUCGCUCCAUUUUCACAAUUUCUUCGUUUUAACGCGUGCAAAUAA